AUGCCAGGCUACUAUCAGAGGCCCUUGGCCGGUCAACUACCACUCACUCCCCCAGACUCUGGUUCCGGAUACUACAGCAGCAUGAAUUAUUCGCAAGAUCCAUACCAGCAGCCAGUGAGCCAAAACCGCCACGACAGCGCCUACGAUUACCAGCAAGGGUACAUGCAGCCAGCAGUCGCACCUGCACCACCGACAUACCAGUUUCAUCAAGGAGCCUUUCAGCCCACCACGAGCCUGCCGCCGAUCCAGAACUUCUACGAGCCCAUCGGCGCCCCAAUUCUGCCACCGCUGAGAAUCAACGACCGUCUAUCGUUCACCGAUGACUACCAACGACGACUCCAGCAACAAGAACAGCAGAAUGCUGCCGCUCGCGAGCAGCAACGUCAAGCCUCCAAGGAGGAAAAGGCAACUGGCGGCGUGUCUGCCAAGCUCGACUACGACAUGGAGCGUAUGACGGAUUUCGUGACUGAUGCAACUGCGUCUAUCUUUCAACACUCGAUGCAAAGCCACCCAUCCUUCCGCAAGUGGGUGCAUCAAGUGCUCUCUGCGACGCGCCUACCCUCCGCCACCAUCUUGCUCAGCUUGCACUAUCUGAACGACAGACUGUGCAAUUUCCCAGACUCGGUCGUUGCCGGCGAGAACCAGAUCUACAGACUCCUCGCAGUCUCCCUCAUCCUCGGCAGCAAGUUCCUCGACGACAACACAUUCAUCAACCGAUCGUGGUCCGACGUUACCGCUAUCAAGGUGGCGGAGCUGAACAAGCUGGAGAUGGCGUGGCUCGCUCUCUUCGAAUGGCGCCUUCACGUCGAUCCACUUGCAUCUAACGGCCUGCAGGCUUGGAUCGAAUCGUGGAAGAAGUAUGAUGCUGAGUUGUGCGCCAAGCAGCUCGAGCGCCAAGCCCAGCAAGCACAACAGCUUCCUGCUCGACUCUCGCCGCUGGACACUAACGUGCACCGCCAUACGACCACGAGUCGCGAUCGAUUCUCGCCGUACCCGACGCCACACACAGCGACGUCCUCGACUCGUGCGUUUGAGCAGCCAUUCUCGGCUCCUUCCACACAAUACUCAACACCUUACUCAGCUGCUGACCCUUGGUCUACCAGCUCCCGCCAGGUGGAUGACUAUUACAAGCGGCCAGCACGCUAUGAGUCUUACGCCGAGAUUGAGGAAGCGAAUCGACGCGCUUCUGAGGAGCGUGCUCGCCAGACUGCCUAUCAGUACGGCAAUGCCAACCACUCGGCCUACUACCAGACGCCGACCUACUCGACCGGAUGGGAUCAUGGCACUUGGAACACUACCCAUCGCUACGAUUGCAGCUGUUCGACUUGUGCAUACUCUCACCACUAUCGACCCUACCCAUUGGCGUCCGGCUACACAGCUCAGACUGUC